AUGACAGACGAUAGCAACGAGGUUGAUUUACCGCUCAAGGCCAUCGCACGUCGUGGAGCUAUUUCAUCGACGACAUCAUUUGAAUCCACUGAUGGAAUGUUCAAUAUUGAAAAAGAUUCUCGGCUGGUGAAAUUGUUCAACAAAGCAGUCGAAAACAAUCUUCUUUUCACUCAUCUUGAUGAAAAUGAACGAAUACAAGUUUUCAGUGUGAUGUCUUGUCGAUCGUAUUCAUCUGAUGAGAUUAUUAUUGAUCAAAAUAACGAACAUGAAUACUUUUAUAUUAUCGAAGAAGGAGAAGUUGAUGUUUAUGCUGAUGACCAACUGAUAGCGAGUUUUGGCGAAUGUUCGUCUUUCGGUGAAUUAGCUUUGAUCCAAAACGCAUCACGAUUCAUGACAAUCAAAGCAAAAACGAAUGUCAAACUGUGGACAUUGCUUGGAGAAACUUAUCGAAAGAUUCUGAUGGAUAUAACAAUGAACAAACGAAAAGUGUAUGAUGAAUUUCUCAUCCGAGUUCCUAUCUUACAAACACUGAACGAAGUCGAACGUUUCAUAGUAGCUGAUUCGCUUGAAUCAGUGCAAUAUGAAGAUGGUGACAUUGUCGUCAAACAAGGUGAACUAGGUGAUGAUUUUUUUCUUAUCGUUGAAGGCAACUGUAUUGUUUAUCAAAAGGCAUGCGAAUACUCUGAAGGAGUGGAAAUCGAUACGCUUGGUCCAGGCGAUUAUUUUGGCGAAAUCGCGCUUUUAUGCAAUCGAGCACGUGUUGCGACUCUUGUUGCUCAAGGUGUUCUGAGAUGUGUGAAGAUCAAUCGCGAACGGUUUGAACGUGUUCUCGGUCCAAUCCGAGAAAUCCUUCAACGAAAUAUUCCACGAUAUAAUUCGAUCAUAUCCCUUGAGCAAUUACACAUAAUCAUCGACAACAAAAAGAAAGACUGUUAA